GUGCGCAGCAAGAUGGUCGCCCACAUGGAGGAUGCAAACGAGAAGUGAGACUUCGCAACUACUAUCUGGGAAAUUCUGAACUGAACCUCAACCUUGGAAAGAAAAGAUGACAGCAAUUCGACACACCCUUCAAAGGGAUGUGUUCCUACCCAAUGAUGAAAGACUCAUUGGUUUUGUUCACGUCACAAAGACGGGUAAAAGGAAGAAAGUCAGCUUCCUUUGUGCUACAGUGACAACUGAUGUGCCAGCUCUGGUCUCUAUUCAGAAGGUGAAGAAGGUUGAUAAAGACAACUAUAAGAAGCGGCAAUCUUGGAAUCUGACUGAAUUGAGGCUAGUUGAUGGCAAAGACUCCAUUAUUGAGAUUCCCGACUUUGAUUUACAUUUUGACAAAUGCUACAGGUGGAUUGCAAGCAACCCUGCUGAGAAAAACUCCUUCAUCGCCACACUAUGGAAGCUGACACAGAGAUACAUGAAGCAGCUGAAAAAGACAGAAUUUGUGAACAUCAACGAAGCCUUACUAGAAGAAUUUACUCCUGUUGUGGACCAGUCCAGAGCACAGCAAGCCGAGGAUGAUCUAGGCCCUGGGGAUGACUAUCAGAUGCUAGCAGCCCGGGAAGAGGCUGAUCUUGAACGUAUGAUGGCAGAGUGUGAGUUUGCUAUAGGCAAUGCAGAGGCGUUCGUGGAACAACUGGCAAAUGAUCUGUCUGUCCUGGAUGGGGCCAACAUUCAUUCCAUCAUUGAAUCUCAACAAGAGGUUGCUCGUCUCAUGCAUGUCCUCGAUGAAAACUACACAAAGUCUCUUCACAGGCUCUACGACCAUGAAAUCUGUGAAUUCUUUGAGCAUGCUAAGCAGGCCCUGCUCAGCAAGACCAGAAACACUCUUGACCCAAAGAAGUUUGGCUUUGGUGGCAAAGAGAAGCUCCACGGCUCAACCGGUGACCUUGCCAAGGCCGUGUUAAAGGGCAAAGGUCAGGAAUUCCAGGGGUCAGAGGCUGAGUUGACUGACCGUCAGCGAUUUGAUAUGGUUUUCACCCAGAUCCUAAAUGAGGUUGCUCCAAUGUGCCAAGCUGAACAGGAUUUCUGCGCCAAGUUCUUUGGGCUCGGUUCAGACACUGAUUUCAUGACAGCACCAUCAGCUCCGAGACAUACAGAGCAUGGCAGUACCCCAGGUGGAAAGGACUUUGUAAUGGAAGAACUGAUGGCUACAGUAGAAGUAGGAAUGCUGGGGAGACAUAAGAAAGAAGAUAAGAAGACGACCGUAUUACCAAACAGUGAUAUGAGGGCAGUGAUGUCAGACCUCUUCCAGUCACUGGAACCAGAGCUCAAGAACUUCAUCUCAUUUGCUGAAAGAAUGGAUAACUUUUUCUCCGUGUACAUGUUAGUCCGGAUCGGGUAUCAAGUGAUGGCAUCUCCUAAUAAGCAGUCUAGCUCCUACCUCCGUAUGGUGCUUGCUAAUUGUCUGAUUGAAGUCAAGAGGAACUUUGACAAGUACAUUGAUAGUAUCAUAACAUCAAUCAAAGAGACCAAGCUGUCUAAGAAGAGCAAAUGCGGCAUCCUUUCAUUUGUUAAGGAGUUUGAGCAAUUUGCAGAGCAGGCAGAGACAGUCUUCAAGGGAUCAGAUCGCCGGGGGGACUUGGAUAAGGCUUACACUAAGCUCAUCGCUGCUCAGUUCGGUGCUAUUCAUAAGAUUGCAUUGGAACACCAGAAAACGCCAAGUGACGUCGUCAUAUUUGAAAACUUUCAUCAUCUACAUGCUACAUUGUCCAGACUGAAAAUCACUUGCCUUGAAACAGAACGCAAAGAAGCUAAGCAGAAAUAUAACGACCACCUAGGAGCCUAUAUCAGAGUGUCACUGGGACGACCCAUGGAUAAACUCAAUAAUUUCUUUGAAGGUAUCCAAGUGUUGGUAUCACAGGGUGUAAAGGAAGAGGAGGUUGGGUACCAGAUGGCAUUCAAUAAACAAGAGCUGCGGAAAGUCAUCAGGGAAUACCCUGGGAAAGAGGUGAGGAGAGGUCUGGACAACCUCUACAGGAAAAUGGAAAAGACAUUAUGUGAGGAGGAGAACUUAAUGCAGGUUGCGUGGCAUUUAAUGCAAGAUGAAUUCAUCCAUCAGUAUAAACACUUUGAGGAUCUGAUUCACCGUUGCUACCCGGGGGCUAAUGUCACUCUAGACUUCAAGGUGCAGGACCUGCUCCAGUUCUUCUCAGAAAUCGCUCAAUCUCAUUAAAGGCAGGUUGCCAACACGUCCCAGCCCAUAGAGUUAUAUAUAAGAACUAGAGGGCGCACUGGCCUAUAUACAUGUACGUGGCUCGGCAUGCGCAUAUGCGGCCAUUUUCUAAGUUUAUAAAACAGCAGGGCACAGCAUUUGUUUGUGCGGCCAUUUUGUAAGUUGACAAAACAGCAUCGCGUAGCGUUCAAUAACCACAAACUCCAACUCGACUACAUAUUCAAUGCGCGUGCAAAAUGGAGCGCGUGUCUCCUUGCGGUCCUGUCACACUUGUGCAAGCAGCAUCACCAGUGCGCCAUCUAGUACCCCAGUUUAUAUAUAACUCUAUGCCCCAGCCACAUAUGUGAAGACUAGAGCAUUAACUUUUUUCUUUUUUUUUAAGGAUCCUGCAGCCGAUUUCACAAAAGGCUAGAAUUAUUCCAAUCUUGAGUUGGGACGAGUAACUCAUCCUACCUUAGGAUAGGUUCAAUGCGUCCUAUGGACUAAGGAUACGAAACUUAACUCAUCUUAAGUCAUAAGAUUAAUCCUAAAUUAGGAAGAGUUUGGUGAAAAUGAUGGCUGGACUCGGAACAGGAGGAAGAAACUGAAGCAGAAAAGUAUUGCUUAACAACUUUGGGACUUGAAGUAAAACAUUUUAAAAAAGCAGGAUACCAAUCACAGAUGGUA